AUGUUGUUACAAGUUUUGACUUUUAUCGUGAUUCUUUCUUUUGAUGUUGCACUUUCCGGAUCUGCAGGAAGUAGGUUGAAAAAUUAUAUCAAUUUGAAAAUUAUGUUGUUAAUUAUCCAGAAUGUCGAUCUGAAUGCGUCGAACGAGGUGAAGGAUUUAUUGUUCGAGCUCAUUUGAAAGAUGAUUCAGCAAUGGUUGGAGUAUGUAGAAAUACAACUUCAGGAUCUUCAUCAAAAUCAAUUGUUACACCAUAUGUUUGUGAUCGAAAUAUUGGAGCAUGGAGUUUUCACGAAGAUGUGAGUUUGAAUGAAAAAUAUAUUGAGUUAUGACGUGGAAAUGUUGGUUUUCAAAAACUGUGUACAUAUCGUAAAAAUGAAAGAUCCACCCCUCCCUGAAUUUAGAAAUCUAUUUUUUUCAACCGAAAGAUAAUUUCUGGUUUUUAAAAUAUCAGAUACUGUAGAUAAAUUUUUGUGCAAAAAAAAAACUUCUUCUUCUUCUUCUUUAGAUAAAUUUUUGUGCAAAAAAAACAACCUCAGAUUUUUCAAUGUGUUUAAAAACUAUGUUCUAAAAGGGGAUUAAUUAGAAAAAUUUUUAGAUUAUUUAUGAAAAUAUGAGUACUGUAAUCAUGAAAUUUCAAUUUCCUCUGCAAUCUUUGUAAAAAAUAUUCUCACGUAAUAACCUAAUUUGCACGAUAAUAACUAAUAAAAAAUCAAGUUCCUUGUUCAAAAUUCAGAAUCAAACAGAUUCAGUACAACAUAACAUAAAAUUUUACGAUACAUAUUUUAGCAGGUGAAAAAAUAAAUAUCAAGAAUAUUUCCGGAAAAGGGUAUUUCAGCGAUCUUUCAUAGUUUUUUGAAUUCUAUAUUUUCCAGGACGAGGAAGGAAUUGUUAGAUUUGACGUAGUUUGUCCAACUGCCAAACAAUACACUCAAGAAGAACUCGCCGAUUGUCCACCAACAAUUGUCGCGAAUCUCGAUGAGAUUCUCGAAUCAUCUGGACAAUUGCCAUCACAAUAA